CGUCAUGUGUUUCUAAGGAAGGGCGCCAAACUUACUUACGAGGCUGACUGUUUUCUGAUAAUUAUAUAACUAUCUUCAAUUGUUACCACUUACUGAUUGUGUGAUUAUUGUUUGCGUCAGGUGCUACUAAGGAAGGGCGCCAAACUUACUUACGAGGCUGACUGUUUUCUGAUAAUUAUAUAACUAUCUUCAAUUGUUACCACUUACUGAUUGUGUGAUUAUUGUUCGUGUCACGUGCUACUAAGGAAGGGCACCAAAUUCAUUGAGGAGGUUGACAGUUUUUUUUCUGAUGAUUAUAUAACUAUCUUAAAUUGUUACCACUUACUGAUUGUGUGAUUGUUGUUCGCAUCAGGUGCUACUAAGGAAGGGCACCAAACUCACUUAGGAGAGGAUGACAGCCACAGGAGGUCCUGAAGAGGUGGACAGUCCCCUCAAUGCCUUUCCAGGGGAUGCUAAGGAGGAGGCAGAGGGGGUCGUGGCUGCACCCUCCCCUGACAGCACACCAGAGGAGGGAGAGGCUGGCAGGAACAGUGAUGGAGAGGUGAAGGAGAAGAAGGCAGGGGAUGAUGAGGAAACAGAGAAGAGUGUGGAGGUGGUGACAGUGGCAGGGGUGGAGGUGAAGGAGGCAGAGGAGGAGGAGGAGGAGCGGUGGUGGUGCUGCCGUUGCUGCAAUGAGAGGCUGCAGGUCUACGCCUCGCACUUCCUCUCCUCCUGGGGAGACCGCAUGUGGAUGUUCGCCGGUGGAAUCUUCCUUUUGGAGGUCACCCCGGGGUCACUCCGACUUGCGGCCAUUUAUGGGGCAGCGUUGGCCCUCACCGUCAUCAUCCUCGGUGCCCCCGUUGGCCGCUGGGUGGACCGGACAUCUCGGUUAAAGGCAGCCCAGCUUAGUCUCAGUGUACAGAACCUGAUGGUGUGUGUGUGUGCGGCGCUGCUGGUCUUCAUCACGUCACGACCGGACUACUUUACAGCAUGGGACGGGUGGGCCUUGGUGCUGGCCGAGGCUGGGGUGAUUUUAACAGCCUCUGUAGCUCAGAUAGGCACGCUGGGCUCCAAGCUGGCCAUUGAGAAAGACUGGAUCCUCGUCAUCUGUGGCCAGGACAAGACACAGCUGGCAAAAAUGAACAGUGUGCUGAGGACCGUUGACCUCAGCACGGAAGUCUUGGCACCAGUUAUCGUUGGUGCCGUGAUGACCUCUGCGGGCCUGGCGGUGGGCGGGCUGGUCAUCGCCGGGUGGAACGUCGGGUCCCUGGUGGUGGAGUAUGGCUUGCUGCACCACCUCUUCCACUCCAACCCAGACCUGCGGAAGUCCAAGGGAGAGGACAGCCAAAAAACAGAAGACAAUAGAGAAGAAAAUAAAAGAAAAGGAGAAAGAGGAGAGAGCGAACAAGGAACCCUAGAGGAACUACCCGACGUGGAGGCCGAGCGGCAGCAGCGGCGGCAGCGACAGGGCAUGAGCAGGGCGGUGGAGCGGCUGACGGUGGCUUGGGGUGCCUGGAGGGCCUACAUGCAGCACCCAGUGAGGAAUGCCGGCCUGGGUCUGGCACUGCUCUUCAUGACUGUUCUGGCUUUCGAUAACUACUCCCGAGCCUUCGUAUAUGAUUCUGGCGUGUCGGAGACGGUGCUGGGUCUGCUGACAGCUGUGGCUUCGCUGUUUGGCAUCUUUGGUUCACUUGCCUUCCCGGUGCUGAGGAAAAAGUUUGGUGUCGUGAAAACAGGCCUGGUGGGGUUCACAUGCGAGACUCUGUGCCUGACCCUAUGUGUGGCUUCCGUCUUUGCCCCGGGGAGCCCCUUCGACGCGGCAGCACUCCUAGGCCGCAGGGACACUAUAGAGGGGGAACGAACUAUACCCACCACCACUACCACCAUCCCAUUCAACAUCACCACACCCGCACCACAAGUACCGCCCGCAGCUCCUGAGUAUGCGAUUGGUAAUGGUUCGUCGUUGUCUGGGAAUGUGCGGAACUUGGUGGUGGACUUCAACUUGACCCUACAGGAGCGUGGAGAGGUGGAGGAGCUGCCCUUGGAGUAUGGGGUGGAGGAGGAGGUGGAGCAGGACUUCACUUUUGUCAUCCUACUUCUGACGGGGAUCAUAACCUCAAGAUUUGGACUCUGGUUGGCAGACUUGACGGUGACACAGAUCCUGCAGGAGAGGGUGGAGGAGGGACAGCGGGGGGCCAUCAACGGGGUGCAGUCCUCGCUCAACCAGACCCUCGACCUCCUCCGUUCCAUCCUCCUGAUCAUCCUGCCGCGGAGGGAGACAUUUGGCUUCCUCAUCCUCCUCUCCUUCCUCUUUGUUUCCUUGGGGUUUGCAAUGUUUGCCACCUAUGCACGGAGUUACCUGGCAUCUACAGAGAAACCGUUGGCCAGUCCUGAAGACCAGCAACUGAAGCCUGUGACUGUGUGAGGACCUGGAGAGUGUGGGCAGCUUGUCUCCUUCACCCAAGCCAUCCCAGUACCUUAGAAAACACAGUAAGGUGGUAAAGUGACUCGAGUAGUGCCAGUAUUGUGUGGAGUCCUUGAAUAACAGUUUGAUUUAUAUGAGGGUUAAAGGGACCAAGUAAAUAAUGUGCUUAGUUUAUAAUGAGUGUUUGACCAUUGUUUGUGUAUGUGACCAUUGUUCAUUAGUCAUAGAGUGUAAGAGAACUGUUUGAUAUGAGUGUGUGAAGUGAAAACUGAAUACCUUUUGUAAUGUGUGUGAAUGUGUUUGUAGGGAGGCUCACUGGUUUGUCUGCAGGCUUCAAGUUAGCUCUCACAUCAGACAGAAAAUUGUUACGGAAAAAAAGGUGAGGCGUGAAAAUGAAUUGCUGUUAAAAGGGAGAUUGAUUGAUUCUCUUUUAUGACAAUAGUUAAUUUUAUACUUCAUCACAUUUUUUUUUUAACUAAUAUAAAUUUAGCUGAGAUGGUCUACACAAAUUGGCAAGUAGACCCUAAGUAUAUUUGUGUGUGUAUGUAUGUAUGUAUGUAUGAAUAUAUGUAUGUAUGUGCUGUUGGUGCAAUUUCUAAUCAUGGUUGCUCAAGGUCUAUUCAUAGCAGUGAGAUUACAUGAUGUCAGGGAUAGUAUGUGUACAAUAACCUUGUUUUUUAUAAUUCUUUACAUCAUACUUAUAUUUUACACUGAAUUUUGCCAUCCAUACAUAUCAUGAGAAUGUAUUCAUGUGUGGUAACUUUUAUUUUUUGUCAUUCAUAUUCAGUUUUAUCAUAAAGAUUCAUAAGUACAUGAAUUAAAUAUAUGUGCAAGGACAAUAUAAACUUUUUCUGUGUUCAUAUAUAUACUCAUAAAUGAAUAUGUGUAUAGUGAUGCUUUAAAAUAUUUUCCUGUCUAUUUUUAUAAGCGCAAAUCAUGCAGGCAAUUAUAGGGAGAGAAUAAUAACGUGCAAUAACAAACCCUUGAAGUGCUUACCAGAGAAUCGUUAGAAGCCACCUUGUGUCCUCGUGCAACCCAGGUAUUUAUUCUAUCCAGUCCAGUCCAGUAGUAGGCGUGGGAUUGCCUUUGUAACUUAUUGUACUUAUUCUUGGCUGCCGUUGUUGAGUCUUUUAGUUUUGGUGAACUUUCUUUUUUCGUCUGAUGAUUUUAUAUUCAUUGCUGUGUGUUACAACUGAUACAAAAAAUACCAGUGCGUAAUAAUAUUCACUCAAAUACUAAUGAAGACUUAUUCUUGACUGGCAUUGUUGAGUCUUUUAGUAUUGGUGAACUUUCUUUUUCUUCUGAUAGUUUUAUAUUCAUUGCUGUGUGUUACAACGGAUACAGAAAAUACCAUUGUGCAAUAAUAUUCACUCCUAUACUACUGAAGAACACUUUUAUCAAUGUUUGGGUCUUAGAAAAUGUUAUAUUUCAGGUUAUAGCUUACUUACCAUUGAUAUCUGAGUGCCAUACCCCACCUAUAAUUCCUAAAAUUGGUCAGUAUGUAAGUCAUUGAUUUUGUACAUCAUUUUUUUUUUUGGCCAGUGUACUAUUAUAGUUGUUCAACAUUAAUAUAUGGACCAUUAUCAACUUG